AAAAAUCAAAAAUCUUAAGAAAUUUAAAUCUUAAAAAGUCAAAAUUUAAAAACUCAAAAAAUUUCAAAAAAUUGAAUUUUUAAAAAGUAAAAAGUUGAGAAUCAAAAGUUCAUUUUCACAACCGCACCCAACCCUCAGUCAUCAUCAUCAUUAUCACCACAAAAAUCAUCAUCAAUCUCGCACAUUAACACAUGCAAUUUUUACACUUGAUUUUUACUUUUAUUCAGUUCCUCGUCAUUCUCACUCUCGUUCUACAUUCCGUCGCAAAAAGAAACUUUAAACCAUGACAAAUCAAAUUCUUGAAAAAUUACUCUACUCAACACUUUACAUCAUCUUGUUCAUCUACGAUGUCCUGACACUUCCGCUAUACUUCUUCAUUCAACGUCCUUGGAAGAAUUUGGAGCUUGCCAACAAGUGUAAGUCAAAAUGCAUCAGCAGCGAUCGACAUCAAGCGACUUACAAAUCCGACCAUCCAAUUGGUGAAUACCACAAAUUAGUCAUCAAAGAACAAGCGGACACUCUUGAAAAAGUCUUUUCCCUCGUCACAAAAAUCCACGCAAAUCGCAACUGCCUUGGAACUCGAUCAAUCCUCGAGGAACACGAAGAAGUCCAAGCAGAUGGAAAAAUCAUGAAAAAGUACAUCAUGGGCAGCUAUAAAUGGCGAAGUUUUCGUGAUGCUGAACUUGAAGCUCAACAUUUUGGACGAGGAGUUCGUGAACUUGGUGUGAUUCCUCGCGAACGAGUUGCAAUUUUUGCUGAGACUCGUGCUGAGUGGAUGAUUGCUGCUCAGGGAUUGUUUAAGCAUAGCUGUGGAGUUGCGACUAUUUAUGCGACACUUGGCGAGGAUGGAAUUACUCAUGCAAUUAAUCAGACUGAAGUUUCUGUUGUUAUCACGUCACACGAUUUAAUGCCGAAGGUUAAGAAGAUUUUGGAUAAGGUUCCUUUGGUAAGGACUAUAAUUUACUUUGAGGAUCAGCUGCAUAAGACUAACAUUGAUGGAUUGGAGAAGCUUAAUGUGAUGGGGUAUAGAGAUGUUGUGGAAAUGGGGAAGAGGAGCACUUUUGCUAAUGUUUCACCAACAAAAGAUGACCUUGCCAUACUGAUGUACACAUCUGGGUCGACUGGAGUGCCUAAAGGUGUCCUGCUUACCCAUAACAAUCUAUUGACAACUAUGAAAGGAUUUUUGGAUUUUUAUGACAUCUACCCAACUGACAUCCUCCUUGGUCUCCUUCCUUUAGCUCACUGCUACGAACUACUAGCUGAAUGCUGCUCAAUGCUUGCUGGUGUGCCAAUUGGCUACUCAAGUCCCUUAACUCUAAUCGACAGCAGCCCUAAAAUAUCCAAAGGACAAGUUGGCGAUGCAAGAAUGCUAAAGCCGACUGUCAUGACAUCAGUUCCAUUGCUGCUUGAUAGAAUUGUUAAAGGAAUAAGAGAUAAAGUUGACAAAGGUCCAUUAAUGACUAGAAUUUUGUUCUAUUUUGCUUACAACUAUAAGAAGAAGUGGUUCAAAAGAGGCUAUGGAACUCCAAUAGUUGAUAGAAUUGUAUUUAAAAAAGUGAAAAAUAUUAUUGGUGGUAAUUUAAGAGCUGUGGUUAGUGGCGGUGCUCCAUUGUCUCCAGAAACCCACGAGACAAUUCGCCUCUGUCUUUGCGUCAAUACAGCACAAGGCUAUGGCUGCACAGAAACAAGUGCAUCAGGUUCACUAAUGGAUAAAUACGACAUGUCAACAGGUAGAUCAGGAUGUCCAGUGACAACAAACUAUAUAAGGCUGAUCAACUGGGAAGAGGGAAACUAUUUUGUCACAAAUCGACCAAAUCCACAAGGUGAGGUGCUGAUUGGAGGUGAAAAUAUUGCUGAUGGAUAUUAUAAGAUGCCUGAGGAGACAGAAGGUUCGUUUUAUGAGGACGAGACUGCGAGAUGGUUUAGAACUGGUGAUGUUGGUGAAAUACAGAGCGAUGGAACUAUCAAAAUUAUUGACCGCAAAAAGGACCUUGUAAAGCUCCAGCACGGUGAAUACAUCUCACUAGGACGAAUUGAAUCGAUUCUCAAGACAUGUAAAGUUGUUGAGAACGUCUGCAUCUAUGCUGACUCGACAAAGACUUACUGUAUGGCUUUAGUGCAGCCAGCUGAGAGAGGAUUGAUGGAUUUAGCUGAAUCAAUAGGAAUCAAUCAAGAUUUUGAUGAUCUUUGUGAGAAUCAGGAUGUAAUUAAAGCAGCAAAUGACUUACUAGCAAAUUAUGGCAGAGAACGUGGUCUGAAUAAGUUUGAAAUUCCAACGAAAAUCGCACUCUGCAAAGAGCUAUGGACACCUGACUCUGGACUAGUGACAGCAGCUUUUAAGAUUAAGAGGAAAGAUGUUCAGAAAAAAUAUCAAAAUGUUAUUAAUAAGCUUUAUAGAUGAGAAUAAUGAGCAAAUAAAUUAAUUUGAAUUAAAUAUUAGAAUUUAUUCUACAAUAGCAGCACCAGCCCUAUCAC